AUGAAACUCAAUCUCGCUCUCACCGUCCUGGUUUCUACAGGAACUCUUGCUGCUGCCCAAAAGGGUUAUGGUUUUGACUGCUUCGCGAGCGGCGCCACCAAAGGUGUGAAGUAUGCCAUCGUUGACUGUACCCCACUCGACGGCGGUCACAAAGGAACACCCACCAACAACGGUGACUCGGAUAUCUGGUGCUAUCUCAAAGGGUCGGAAAGCGCCACUUCUCCGUUAGAGUGUGGUGCAGGUGAUGGAGAAUUGUCAAACCCUACCUGUUUGACCAAGGAUGAUGACCCUAAGCUCGGUGGCUGUGGACCGAGUGGAAGCUAG